AGAGCCGCGUGUGUCGUGUCCGUCGGGGUAGGCAUGUUGAACCCACUCAAUAAGGAAUCGCAGCGUGAAAGGCGUCAUCACUUGUAGAGUCGACACGACGAACUGACUGACAGCGCCGAGCCAAAAGUCAAACUUGAAGACUUCGUAGAGCGCCCAUAGGAGAGGAAGGCGAUUGCGAGCCAAUACUCGUUUUCGAAAAGCGGUGUCAAGACUGGGCUGGAGCGUAUCCAUCAACCUUGCGUCUGACACUGUCCAGAUAUCAUUGCGUUCCAGGUGACGCCGGUAUCCGAUCUACAACAUAAGUUCUAACUGUCAGCACGUAGAAACAUUACAUAUACAACAUAGAUAGACAGGCGGGUAUAGCCUCACGGUCAUGAGCGGACUGAGCCAAGCAAACCAAAGUUUGCUCAAGAAACCUGCAUCUUGUUCCGCAGUCACCUCCCUCUUCUCAGGAAUGUCAGGGACAUGGUGUUGGCCGAAUGGCCUCGGCCACUGAGAGCGCAUCUGCCAGACUGAUGCUGAUGCGCACAAGGCCUGUAGGUAUCACGCCCGCAGGGGACGGUUGCAAUGGAUGGGAGAAUAGGUGGCAGUGGCAAUACCCUCAAGACCUCAGAUUGAGCCUGACUUUGGCGCUUUACCUAUAUGGCACGGCACAAUGCCAUUCAUCACAUCACGUAUGUUUGCGACCACGUAUUUCACGUGCCCGUCUCCCCAACAAGACAUCUCUCAUAAGUUCCAUUGUUGGCUACACCCACGAACAAAAUCGGAGGUCAUGCUCCGGAAUAGCUGUUGGUUGUUGACAAGCACCUCUUCUCUUCCCUCAUGAGAGGUCGUAGCUUGGAACCUCCACCUGCAAGGUCAACAUCCCAGUCAAUGCAAGGUCAUCGCGCUAAUGCACAGUCACUGAUAACGGACCGAGCCGUCUUGGCCUUACAACUUACCCUGAACCUUUGUCAACAUGCACGUCUAUACAUG